UUCCUCUAUGGAGUCACACCCCCCUGUAGUGGGGCAGAAUCCCCAGACCUGACCUACAUGGCCAUCCCUCUGCCAUUACAGCAUUCCUGAGGCCAGCUAGCAAGUAUGGGAAACUGGCUGGUUGGCGGGUCAUCUGCCAGGCCAUCUGGGGGGUCACUUGGGGAGUCAUCAGCGGGACCAUCCUGGAGGUCGUCCGACGGGUUCGGCGGGUGGCCUGACUUGCCCGCAGUGCCUGCACACAAGCUAAAAGACUUUAUCCACGCAAAACUCAAACCCAGUGAAGAAUGCCUGAAACUGAUAGACCAGGACGUGGAUGCCAUCUCUGACUUCCUGCGGAGCAGUGAGCUCCCUGUGCGGGGAGUGGCUAAGGGUGGCUCCUAUGGCCGGGAAACAGUCCUAAGAGGCUACUCAGAUGGCACCCUUGUUCUCUUCAUGGGGCGCUACCGUAGCUUUCGGGAUCAGAAGCAAAACCAACGUGAACUCCUCAGCGUGAUUGAACAACGGCUGAAACAACACAAGAAAUAUUCAAAGUCAGUGAGCCUUGAGCAAACCCUUGAAGUCCUACUGUCCGUACAUGGGCAGGAGAUAAGCUUGCAGGUCCUUCCAGCCUUUGAUCCUCCAUGCUUUGGUGAGGAUUCCACCUCCUGGAUCUAUCGGGAUCUCAAAAGUUCCAUGGAUCAAGUAAGAGCAGCGCCCGGCGAGUUUGCAGUCUGCUUCACCAGGUUGCAGCAGCGGUUCUUCCAGCCGUAUCCCAGGAGAGUGAAGGAGCUGAUCCUGUUGGUCAAGCACUGGUAUCAGGAGUGCCAGGAGAAGUGGAUGACUUCCUCACCUCCGAGGUUCCCCUACGCCCUGGAGUUGCUCACUGUGUAUGCCUGGGAACAGGGCUGCCAAGAUGAGGACUUUGACAUCGCAGAAGGUGUCAGGACCGUGCUGAGACUCAUCAAGCAGUCGUCAGAGCUGUGUGUCUACUGGAUAGUCAAUUACAGCUUCGAGGAUGUAACAGUUCGCAAUACUCUUCUGUGCCAACUCAGGUCCCAAAGUUUGACCCUCACACCUGCCUCUUGGAAGGUCUUUGGGGAUCUCCUCAUGCUGACCCAGAGCACCUCUCAUGUCUGCAUCCCACAACCCCUUCAGAAGGCUCUAGAUCGCUCCCAACCCACAUCACUCUUCGUCACCCCAAGCCAUUUACUGGACACGUUCAUCAAAGACCUCCUCCAGCCCAAUGAAAAGUUCUUGGAGCAGAUCAGAAAAGCUGUUAACAUCAUCUGUGAAUUCCUCAAAAACAACUGCUUCAAGGACUCAAGCACCAAAGUGCUGAAGGCCGUCAAGGGAGGAUCCACUGCCAAAGGCACGGCUCUGAAGAAUGGAUCAGAUGCUGAUAUUGUAGUGUUUCUCAGCCCCCUGAAGAGUUACGACUCCCAAAACAAGGAGCGCACAUUGUUCGUCCAGGAAAUCCAGAGGCAAUUAGAAGUCUUCCGAAAGACCCAGGAGCUGGAGGUGAAGUUUGAGCCUUCAAAGUGGACGGCCCCCAGGGUGCUGAGCUUCACCUUGAAAUCCAGGAGUCUCAACGAAAGUGUCGACUUUGAUGUCCUGCCUGCCUAUGAUGCACUAGGUCAGCUGCAUCCUGACUUCACCUCCAGACCCGAAGCCUACAAGGAUCUCAUUGCAUUAUGUAAAUCAUCAGGCAUCAAGGGGGGAGAGUUUUCCACCUGCUUUACAGAGCUACAGCGCGACUUUAUUAAACCCCGACCCACCAAACUGAAGAGUCUGAUUCGCUUGGUCAAGCACUGGUACAAACAGUGUGAAAAGAAAAUAAAGUCAAAAGCAUCCUUGCCCCCGAAGUACGCCCUGGAGCUUCUCACGGUGUACGCCUGGGAGCAAGGCAGCGGCAUGGAGGAUUUUGACACUGCCGAAGGCUUCCGGACCAUCCUGGACCUGGUCAUCAAAUACCAGCAGCUCUGCAUCUUCUGGACAGUCAACUACAACUUCAAAGAUGAGCCGAUAAGGACGUUCCUACUGACCCAGAUCCAGAAAAAGAGACCAGUAAUCCUGGAUCCAGCUGAUCCCACAGGCGACGUGGGAGGAGGUGACCGCUGGCAUUGGCAUCUUCUGGCCAAAGAAGCAAAUGAGUGGCUCUCCUCCCUCUGUUUUGAACUGCAAAGUGGAGACUCGUGGAAGAGAGUGCAACCGUGGAAAGUGCCAGUAGUACAGACCCCAGGAAGCUGUGGAGCUCAUAUCUACUCUACUGUGGGUAUCUGAGUUGGAGUCCAUCUCUGGGAUGAAAAUGCUAGAUGAAGCCUCUAGAGUCGACUGACCAUUGAUUUAAAGACUCAGGCCAUGUUACAGAAGGGAGCGGGUCCAGUCCUCCCUGGCUGGUCCUCACCUCUCUCCUGCACUGCCAGACGACUCUGCUUGAAAUCAAGACUUCGGAUCUGCCCCCCCUCCCACCCCAGGGUCUCACAUUGUGGACAACCCUCUGUACAAGUGAACUUCAGAGAUGCUUGCCCCCAAGCAGCGUGCUGUGUUCCUAUUCUAUAUGUUUUUUCCCUGUUUCCUUCUCUCCACGCCUCUCUUCAGCUCCGGACUCACCCUGUGUCACCCAGGUUGAGCCCCUCCCUUUCCCUUCAUUUCCAGCAGUCCCUGUUAGCUCUCAGACUCUCACUGCGUCUUUGCUGAGCUCUUCCCUCCAUCCACAGGCCUUCCCUGCCUGUGUGGAUGCAGAGGUGUCCAGCCCAGCAGCCAGCCAACCCUCUCCCUCCACCACUGCUGCUAAAACAGAAAUGUAAACAACAUGUACCCCUCCUCCUAAGGUCCCGGGACAAACCAAGGUCUGAGGAACCAAGGAAUUCUUUGGGCUUACCUGCAGCGUGUGGGUGAGGGGUCAUGGGCGGGGCUGAGGUGACUCUAACUCGGCUGUACUGGAAUGUCCUCAUCCACCUGGAAUGGUGGCUUCCCCAGGGCUGCCUAGAGGGUACCCUGUCCCCUCCUCUUUCCCCUUAUAUCUUCUAACCCCUCCCAGAGACCACGUGUAAAUAGAGCAGAGUAGCAUACAGCUGGUUGGAACUGGUUGUUGAAUUCUCAAGUAAGAGUCCUUAACCUUCCCACACCCCUCUUCCAAGGGGGAAGACGAACAGUCAGCUGGCCCAGUUGUGAUGUUCUCGGACGAGCCGGCUCAGGUCGACUC